AUGCCGAUUGCCGAAGCCAGUGGCGGCGCUUUCCACACGGAACUAUUUACAGCAAUUUGGGUUACGCGCAAACAACAUAACCAAUCUAUUGUUGAAAUACUUGCUGACAUUCCUACUUCCACUUGGUUUGAUGAGUGUAUCGCUUAUAUCGUAAAAUACAAUACUAAUAACAACAGUUUAAAACAAUAUGCAGGUGACGAUCACUGGCAGCGGAUGACGGCAAUGAGGAACGGCGGCCGGCGUCGGCGACGACGGAAGGAGCCACUC